AUGCCCUCGAAACAAUCGUCAGAGCAGGCCGUCGUCGCCAACUUCAGAUCCAGGCUUGACCCUUCACAUCCGGCUUUCUCUACUCACAACACCUUCAAUCUCGCAAGAUCACACAUACCGGCCAUGGGUCUACCUGUCGCUAACCCAACAUAUCUCCUGGCGCCGAACUGGACCUUUCGUCCUGAUGGCCCAAUAGCGUUGGGCAACAUUAUUGCGAAUCCGCUCAAGCCUCAUAUUGUGCUCACGAGGCCUGACCCGACCGCAGCGAAGCCGGAAGUCACAACAGCUUACGAGAAGAAUGUGAAGCUGGUCGACGAGAGAGGGAGGAGCCUGUCGCUGAGUCUGUGGGCGAACUUUCUAGAGACCGUCCAGCUCAAGAUCGGAGCAGAGCAGGCGAGAAAGUUGAGGACUGAGUACACCAUUGAAACACUCGAGACGACGUAUUUCCGCGAUGGCGUCACGCCCGAGCUCGUCAUGGAGCGGGCGAAGGACCCCAUCGUCAGGGCGCUGAUGAAGCCCGACACCAUCCUAUCGAAGCCCGUGUACAUGGUGACCGGCAUCAAAAUCGCGAAGGGAUUCCAUUUGUCCUCGGAAGGAGCUUCCAAUUCUGGAGGAGAACUAGGCGCAACACUGCCCACGGGAAGUUUCGGGUCAGCUGGUGGCGAGGGCAAGAUCGGGAGCGACAAGGCGACGGCAUAUGACUUCAGCUCGGACGAGGUUGUUUUCGCUUAUCAACUAUUGAAGAUGGCGCCUAAGGGAUGGGGUGAGAAGAGACUCGUGUAUGGGACAGAGUAUCAGUCUACAGGAGUCUUUCUGAGCGACGACGGGGGCGAUGGGGGAGAUGUGCCACUUGAGAUUGAGUUCAGCUAUUUCAAGACUGCUGAUCUCAAUGACUUUGGUCUUGACCCCAAUCAGGCUGUUACCGAAAGGAAGGACAAGCCUGAGAACGAACAAGAAGAGUAUUCUAUAGUCUCUUCCAAGGACAAUAGUGCAGAUCGCAAGUAA